AUGGGGGCGGAGGCGAAGUGCGACAGGAUAAAGGGUCCGUGGAGCCCCGAGGAGGACGAGGCGCUGCGGCGGCUGGUGGAGCGGCACGGGGCGCGGAACUGGACCGCGAUCGGGAGGGGGAUCCCCGGGCGGUCGGGCAAGUCGUGCCGCCUGCGGUGGUGCAACCAGCUCUCGCCGCAGGUGGAGCGCCGCCCCUUCACGGCGGAGGAGGACGCCGCCAUCCUGCGUGCGCACGCGCGGCUCGGCAACCGCUGGGCUGCCAUCGCGCGGCUCCUGCCCGGCCGCACCGACAACGCUGUGAAGAACCACUGGAACUCCUCGCUCAAGCGCAAGCUCGCCACCGCCACCGGCGGCGGCGCGGCGUGGGAGGAGGCCAGCGACUCCGGCGACUCCCCGCGGCCGUGCAAGCGCGCGAGCCCGGGGCCGGAGAGCCCCACCGGAUCAGACCGCAGCGAGCUCAGCCACGGGAGCGGGCAGGUGUUCCGCCCCGUCCCGCGCCCCGGCGGGUUCGACGCCAUCAGCGCGGACGUGAGGCCGCCUCCACCGCGCCAGGACGAGGAUCCGAUCACCUCUCUCUCGCUCUCGCUCCCCGGACUAGAGCACGGGUUCCACCACGACAGCGCCCGGAGCCACUUCCAGGAGCUCUCGCCAUCGCCACGCUCGCCUUCUCCUCCACCGGCGCCGGCGCCCCAGCCGUCGUCCUCGUACCCGUUCAGCGGCGAUCUGGUGGCGGCCAUGCAGGAGAUGAUCCGCGCGGAGGUGUGCAAGUACAUGUCCGGCGUGGGGCUCCCCGCCGGGUGCGGCGCCGGCGCCGUGGGCGAGGCGUGCAUCCCGCAGCUCGUCGAGGGCGUGAUGCGCGCCGCCGCGGAGCGGGUCGGCGUCAUGACCCGCCAGUAA